GAGCUGUCAAUCAAGUGCUGCAGGUACUGGGGACUGGGGACUGCUGCAGUGUCUGUGCAGAGCAGCGCAGGAGGUAACCAACGCUUUAAAGAUGGCUUCGGCAACAGACGCACGUUUUGGGCAGAAGGAAUCCUCGGAUCAGAACUUUGAUUACAUGUUCAAGAUCCUGAUCAUUGGGAACAGCAGUGUGGGCAAAACCUCCUUCCUGUUCCGAUACGCGGACGACUCGUUCACUCCGGCGUUCGUCAGCACUGUCGGGAUCGACUUCAAAGUCAAAACUAUCUACAGGAACGAAAAGAGGAUCAAGCUCCAAAUCUGGGACACAGCGGGUCAGGAGCGAUACAGGACCAUCACCACAGCUUAUUAUCGAGGGGCCAUGGGCUUCAUCCUGAUGUACGACAUCACAAACGAAGAGUCAUUCAACGCUGUCCAGGACUGGUCGACUCAGAUCAAGACGUACUCCUGGGACAACGCACAAGUCCUGCUGGUGGGAAACAAGUGCGAUAUGGAGGAUGAGCGAGUGGUGUUGGGAGAACGAGGACGGCAGCUGGCCGAGCAUCUGGGGUUCGAGUAUUUCGAAGCUAGCGCCAAGGACAACAUCAACGUCAAGCAAACCUUCGAGAGGCUGGUGGACAUCAUCUGCGAGAAGAUGUCGGAAAGUCUGGACGCAGCUGACCCCGCAGUGACCGGGGCCAAGCAAGGCACGCAACUCAACGACCAGCCAGCCCCUCCGCACCAGGACUGCGCAUGCUAGAGAUCCCCUCGUAACCUUCCCUCCC